GUACUACAGUGAUAUAUGAAGGUAUUACUGCGUUGUACUACAGAGAUAUAUGAAGGUAUUACUGCGUUGUACUACAGUGAUAUAUGAAGGUAUUACUGCGUUGUACUACAGAGAUAUAUGAAGGUAUUACUGCGUUGUACUACAGUGAUAUAUGAAGGUAUUACUGCGUUGUACUACAGUGAUAUAUGAAGGUAUUACUGCGUUGUACUACAGAGAUAUAUGAAGGUAUUACUGCGUUGUACUACAGUGAUAUAUGAAGGUAUUACUGCGUUGUACUACAGAGAUAUAUGAAGGUAUUACUGCGUUGUACUACAGAGAUAUAUGAAGGUAUUACUGCGUUGUACUACAGAGAUAUAUGAAGGUAUUACUGCGUUGUACUACAGAGAUAUAUGAAGGUAUUACUGCGUUGUACUACAGAGAUAUAUGAAGGUAUUACUGCGUUGUACUACAGAGAUAUAUGAAGGUAUUACUGCGUUGUACUACAGAGAUAUAUGAAGGUAUUACUGCGUUGUACUACAGAGAUAUAUGAAGGUAUUACUGCGUUGUACUACAGAGAUAUAUGAAGGUAUUACUGCGUUGUACUACAGUGAUAUAUGAAGGUAUUACUGCGUUGUACUACAGAGAUAUAUGAAGGUAUUACUGCGUUGUACUACAGAGAUAUAUGAAGGUAUUACUGCGUUGUACUACAGAGAUAUAUGAAGGUAUUACUGCGUUGUACUACAGAGAUAUAUGAAGGUAUUACUGCGUUGUACUACAGAGAUAUAUGAAGGUAUUACUGCGUUGUACUACAGAGAUAUAUGAAGGUAUUACUGCGUUGUACUACAGAGAUAUAUGAAGGUAUUACUGCGUUGUACUACAGAGAUAUAUGAAGGUAUUACUGCGUUGUACUACAGAGAUAUAUGAAGGUAUUACUGCGUUGUACUACAGAGAUAUAUGAAGGUAUUACUGCGUUGUACUACAGAGAUAUAUGAAGGUAUUACUGCGUUGUACUACAGAGAUAUAUGAAGGUAUUACUGCGUUGUACUACAGAGAUAUAUGAAGGUAUUACUGCGUUGUACUACAGAGAUAUAUGAAGGUAUUACUGCCAACACACAGAAGAAGAAGGAAACAGGUGGGAGGUUUGGAGGCGACCCUCUGUGUGACGUCGCUUCCGUCUGCUCGCCGACGUGGUUUAAGUGUGUCAGAAGGGUUUUUCACGCUUCGUCAGAAAGCUGUUGAAUAAGUGAUGAAGGGAUGAAUAAAUGAUGCGCCUCCUGCGGGAGGAGCCGUCACGUGACCCGCGGACACUUUCAUUCACAGAGCGCACGAGGAGCCGCACGGACGAUGCGCGAGACAGAGACUCCCUCCUCUUCACUGUGAUUGGCCGACGCCCUGUUCUUCACUCUUGGUCGUCAUCAUGCAGGAGCCGGCGGUGACCGAGGCCAUUUCUGCAACCAACAGCUCGUGUGACCCCCCGUACGAAGACGGCCGGCUGCCGCUGGUGCUGUUGUACAGCCUGGUGCUCGCCGUGGGGCUGCCCGCCAACCUGCUGACCGUCUACCUCACCUGGCUGCAGGUGCGCAGGAACAAUGUGCUGGGCGUUUACCUGUGGAGCCUGUCGCUGUGCGACCUCACCUACCUGGGCACGCUGCCGUUGUGGGCGUACUAUGUGAGCGCGGGUCACCUGUGGCCGUGGGGCUCCACCUCCUGCAAAGUGACGGGCUAUAUCUUCUUCAACAACAUGUACAUCAGCAUCUUCCUGCUCUGCUGCAUAUCCUGCGACCGCUACGUCGCCGUCGUCUACGGCCUGGAGUCCCGCGGCCUGCGCCGCCAGCGCUUUGCCGUCCUCGUCGCCCUCUCCAUCGUGCUGCUGGUGGCGCUCGGCCACGUCCCUGUCUUCAUCAUGAAGGAGGGCAACACCGAGGGGGGCGACCCCCGCUGCUUCGAGCCGAGUCAGAAAUCCUCCACGGUGACCGGCUUCAACUACGCCCGCUUCGUGGUCGGCUUCCUGAUCCCGCUGCUGGUGCUGGUGGUGACCAACCGCGGCAUCUUGGCCAACGUUCAGCGCAGCACGGGGCUGCGGCGGGAGCAGAAGCAGCGCGUCCACUGGCUGGCGGUGGCGGUGGUGGUGCUGUUCCUGGUCUGCUUCUCCCCGUACCACCUGCUCCUGCUGGCCCGAGCCGUCAUCUUCCACUUCCUGCGGCCGGAGGACACCUGUCUGUUCGAGAGGACCUUGUACACCCCCUACACCAUCUCGCUCGGCCUGUCCACCGUCAACAGCGCCGUCAACCCCAUCCUUUACGUCCUGUCCAGCGACAACAUCCGCAAAGAGCUGAGCCGAGGCCUGGUCCAGGUCUGCAACCGGGCGCACCAGAGACAACGGACUGACAGCAGCCAGAACAAGAUCCAGCCCAACAAGAACUCCUCAGAGCUGAACCCGGUCAAUGAGGCCGAGAGACAGCAGGGAGGAACAUCACCAGGGACCUGAGAGGCUGCUGGUCUCUGCCGGUGCAGGUACCAGACCGGGGACCUUUUGGGCCAGGCGCUGCUGGUCUCUGCUGGUCUCUGCCGGUGCAGGUGUCAGAUCUGCUCGGGGUCCUGCACCUUCCGGUGACGUCGCCCAUGAUUGGCUGAACGUCGGGGGGUUUACGGACGUCAUUUCGGUCUUUGGAUCAACUGGAGAACUUGUACUCGAAGUCCAGGAGCAGGACUUCCUGCAACCGGACCCUCAGAGAGGUCUUUUAUAUCCUGCUGAUAUCAUUAUGUUUAUUAACGUGUGUUUAUUUCACAUCAAAUGUUUAAAUAGUUUUCAGAAAGCUGGACUCACCUGCCCUGAAGAGAAACCACUUCCUGUCCACAUGUUGACUUUUGAUCCAGCUUCAGCGCUUUAAUGUUUGGCAGCUGUUAAUUAACUGUGACUGCAACGUCUGUCUCGGUGAGACGGAAAGAAAGACCUGCCAGCAGCAGCUUCAAUAUUCCAAAGAUAAUCUGGAGCUAGUUCAUGCUAAUGACAUCACAGGAGGAUCCGGCUGUAUUUGAUUCUUUAUUAUCAGUUACAGAAAUAGUCAGAUGAUACGUUUCCCUCAUCACAAAGAUCUGUGCAUAAAAAAGAAAGAUUGUCACUGGUCCUGAUCAGAAAGCGAAAACGCUCCGGGAAGAACAAAGACAUGCAAAGAGGCGAGCAGCCACGGGAUCAAAGGGUAAAUUCAUCACACGGUAACAACAAGCUUCACCUCCACAACUCUGUAAAUGUUUGUGGAGGAUUUCCCCAGGAAACGCCUGAGCCUUGCUGCUACCAUAGUAACAGAGAGGCGUCUUUGUAGAAUCACAAUGAAAGAAAAGAUGAAUAAAUGUUUGAUCCAUCCAGAAUUUACAAGGUAAAUCUUAUGAAUGAAUUUCUUUUACCUUGUUGGAAAUUUCUUUUCUUCCACUUUCUAUCAUCCAGCUGUGAAUUCCAAUAAAACUUUGCUCUCUCGUUUGUACUGA